AACAGACACACCCCGUUCCCCCUUACCUACCCAGACACCCUCAAGCCGCAGCGGCCCACUUUAUCCAUCAUUGAGUUCGACACCUUCUUCCCCUUCUCUCUGAUCAUUAGAGGACGAUUUUUGAUAUUUUCUCAGGCAUAUAGUAUACCCACUUCACAAGCCUGCUCAAUUUAGUGAAAUCAAGAAGCCCCGUUUUGUGGGUUGAUUUAACUUAGAAAAUGAUCUUUGCUUCUAGAUUUUCUUGAACUUUUGCCAUUCUUAAAUGACAAGUGAUCAAAAAACGUUCUGUUCUUUACUGGGUUUUCACUUCAGGUAUUGGCACGUCUUAAUACUUAUGUGAUCAGCUCAAUUGGUGUACUAUCAGUGUUCCUGUUGCAAGUCCCCAUGUUGCCGGAGGGUUAGCGGAGUCAUGACUUGUGUAAAGAUUGUCAGUCUUCUCAAGGGUUCUUUUUGCCACCUGCUGCUAGUAAUUGCUCUCUGGUUGUGUAGCUAUCAGAAUGUCGUGGCUCUUCCUCUGUUACCUAAACCUGGGCAAAUUCCUUCCACAUCUGAACUACCUAGCUCACCUGACAGUGCAACUUUUCAGCCAAUUGAAAUAUCACCAACUAUGAUCCCUCAUUAUCCUUUUCAUGGAGAACCUUUGCCACCAAUGUAUCCUUCCUUCCCAAAGACAUAUGACCCUGUCUUGACUGGAAGAUGCCCUGUAAAUUUUUCAGUCAUUUCAAGCAUCACAGCAAAAACAGCAUCUGAUUGUACUCAAUCUUUGUCAACAGUAGUAGGGAACGUGAUAUGCUGCCCACAGUUUAAUAGCUUACUCCACAUAUUCCAGGGAUUUUACAGCAACCAUUCUGAUACUUUAGUUUUACAAAAUGUGGUGGCUGAUGAUUGUUUUAAAGAUAUCAUCAGUAUACUAGCCAGCAGAGGAGCAAACAGCUCAUUAUCUAGCAUGUGUUCUGUGAAGUCUUCUAAUCUGACUGGUGGGUCUUGCCCCGUGAAGGACAUCAGUACUUUUGAGAAAGCUGUAAAUACAAGCAAACUGUUAGAAUCUUGCAGCACAGUUGAUCCUCUGAAAGAGUGCUGCAGACCUUUUUGCCAGCCUGCAAUUUCAGAGGCUGCACUUCAGAUAUCAGGGAUAAAAAUGACUCUCAGUGAUAAUAAGAACAUAGUUGAAGUACCUAGUGAAAUUGAUACCCUUAAUGAUUGUAAGGGAGUGGUCUAUUCAUGGAUUGCAAGGAAACUAAGGUUUGAGGAUGCCAAUACUGCAUUUCGGUUGUUGUCUUCCUGCAAAGUCAAUAAAGCUUGUCCCCUGGACUUAAAGCAGCCAUCAGAAGUGAUCAAUGCAUGCAGAAAUUUAGCUGCUCCCAGUCCUUCAUGUUGUAGCUCGUUAAAUGCCUACAUCACAGGGAUACAGAAGCAAAUGUUGAUCACUAAUAGGCAAGCAAUUAUAUGUGCUGCUGUAUUUGGUUAUAUGUUACAGAAGGCUGGAGUCAUGAGAAAUGUUUAUGAGCUUUGUGAUGUUGACCUGAAGGAUUUUAGUCUUCAAGCAUAUGGGCAAGAAGCAGGGUGCUUGCUUCGAAGCUUACCUGCAGAUCUGGUAUAUGACAAUUCAACCGGCUUCAGUUUUACUUGUGACUUAAAUGACAAUAUUGCUGCUCCGUGGCCUUCAUCAUCGUCGGUCACAUCCUUGUCUCUUUGUGCUCCUGAGAUGUCUUUGCCAGCUUUACCAACAUCACAGACAUUGGGCAGUUCUGGCUGUCACCUGGAUGGAGUUCAUUUCCUUUUGUCCGCUAUUUUGAUUUUUGUUUCAACAUUGUUGUACUGAAUAGAGCCCAUAGGAAGACAGACACUGAAUGACCAGAUCACAUGUAUAUGUUUGAGUAUCCUUAUGUAUAGCUGCUGGUUUUUGCUUACCGA